AUGCACCUUUUCCGCGUUUUCAUAUUGAUUAUUUGCGCUGUUUCCGUGGUCCAAACUUGUCCUCCAUCACAAAUGUCAGGAGCACAAGGACAGCCAGGACCACCAGGACGAGAUGGUCGAGAAGGACCUGAAGGACCGGUUGGAAGACCAGGUAAUAUUGGACCGAAAGGAGAGCAAGGAGUCACAGGACCACGAGGAGAGCAAGGUGAGGCAGGUGGUAGAGGAGCACCAGGGCCAAAAGGACUGAAAGGUAGGCGAGGACCGGAAGGACCAGAAGGACCGAUGAUGGGAGGAGGAUGA